AUGACGCCAAACGGGCCGCACGACAAUAUCCAAGACCAGCGAGGCGCCUCCAUUCACCAUGUUGGGUCUCGUAGAAUUGUGAGCAUUGAACAUCCAGCCAUUGUCAAGAACUUUGACCGCGGCUUCAAAUCACUCGGCGGCGAGGCCCAAAUCAAGCAUGUCCUCGAGCAUCAUGUUGGCGAUUCCAAGCUUAGCAGUAAGCAAAAUGGGCUGCCCGAACCAGUCAUUGGCGUCUCUCUGCGGCCGAAUGACCCCCUAGCCAAACGUAUACCCUCAACGGGUGUUGAAACUAGGAACAUACUGGUCAAGGUGACAGUACCUAAGCGUACAGGUCGAAAGCGAAAGCGAGGCUCUGAUGCGCCUUUCGAACACCAUCCCGACCAGGAGCAGGAGAACGGAAAUGUGACAGCACCGGAUCUCCUCCGCCGACUUCGCGACAACCAUGACAAUUACAGCAUCGAAGCGCCAGGGAUGCUCCGUGAGACUCAUCGCUUCCGUACACUCGCCGACUUUCAGCUUCGCAACGCAGAUCUGCCCGUUAUCAGGGAGCUGCGGGACCAUGUGAUGACAACUGAUUACAACCGACUGAAGGGCUUUAACAUCAACCUGGACAGAUCUGCUCCAAUGAGUACUGCAUUCCCAGGACCACCACAGUUCGUCAGCUCAGAUCUACCCUUCAAGUAUGAGUACGAGCAAGCAACCGGGGUUGUCUUCUUGAGAGAUGAGAGCGGAAACUUGACCUCGAAGAACAUGUCAGCGGCGCCACGUCGUGUUACCUGGGGUCUGCCGCCAGAUGCUGAGGAUAUACCACAAACCGCUCCACUGGAAAUACCCAUUCGGAAUCCACAAGGUGACAUGUUACCACGAGCGAUUGAAGAGUUGCAAAAGUUGCUCGAAGAGCGACCGCUAGUCACGAAGAGAGUGGCUUUGAAUGCAAUGCCUCCUGUGAGCGAUUCGAUUUUCAAAGAAGCAACCCAGUACGUGGGCUAUAGCUUCAAAGCCGGACCCUGGCGAGACAGCUUGAUCAAAUAUGGUGUCGACCCGCGCAAGGAUCCCAAAUAUCGUUUUUAUCAGACCAUGACCUUUCAAUUGGAUCGUGAGGCAUUCAAAUUGGCGCCAGAAUCCGCCAAAGUUGGAGAUGGAAACCACAACACGUUAUGGGCACGGACGCUUCGACACAAGAAAGCAGAUCCAACGACGCACAUCUUUGACGGAAAGAACAUCACCGCAAAUGGAAAGACAUGGCAGAUAUGCGACAUCACGGACCCGAUCGUGCACGACAUAUUCCAUACCGAAAACAUCCGAACUGAAUGCGAUGCGUAUCAGUGGGGAUGGUAUCAUAACGGCACAGUCGCGAAAGGUCGUGCAAUCAUGAAGGACAAGAUGCGUUAUCUUUUCGCAGGCGAGAUUCCGCCCGCAGAAGACUACAUUCCAGUUGCUGCGAUGCCAGAGAUUGUGACUUCGAACUCCUGUCAUUUGAGCAGGGAAACACAUGGUCUCCAUGUCUCGCAGAUGAGUCUGGACAUGCGGAACAUUGCGAAGAAUCUGGAGCAUCAACGGACGGGUUCCAGCAAGCGUUGGAGCGCCAGACAGAACGCUGCUGGAGCCGUGAAUGAUGAGGGCCAAGGGAUCGACGAGGAAGGCGCUGAUGACGAUGCGAAUGUGCGUGAAGCUGGUGUUGAUGAAGAUGGCAAUGCGGAUGGCGAAGGCCAGGGCGACUUUGACGAUCUUGACAACAAUCCGGCAGAAGCUGACGGCACCGCGAAUGUUGAUGUGGGAGGUUGA